CCCUGGAGCUCAGCGCUGAAGAGCCACCUUAUUAUUAAUCAGAAUUCCCAUCGUUAUCCCUGGCAGGCGCAUCCUUCAGUAGGGACCGCAGAAGCAUCACAGAGCUGGGGCUGAGAUGUGCGUGGGGGUUGUUUUUGUUGCAUCUUGGAAGAGAAGAGGACAGCAUCAAGAUCAGUGCCAACCGUGCUGGGUGGGCUUAGGGGUGUUUUGUUAGGGUUGAGGAAGGACAAGGAGUGUUGGGCCCGCCAGAGGUCCACAGCUCUUUAAAGGAAAGGAAGAGGGAACCAAAGUGAGGUGUUGUUUUUAGGCGGUGGGAAAAGAAGUUCGUACUCCCACAAAAGAGCUGCCGAGAGGCAGGAGCAACAGGGUACUGGUCUGGACGCCAAGACAAACAAUUUCCUGUACAGAAGAGGAAGCAGGCGGCAGGGAGGUCUGGAGGCCAGAGUGUGGUGGUGGCAAGGGCCAGGUCUGUUGUGGGACAGUCAGCAGGAGGAAGGGAAGGUUCAGGAACAAGCGGGACGAUGACUCAUUUACAAGCUGGUCUCUCUCCUGAGACCCUGGAGAAAGCUCGCCUGGAGCUGAACGAGAACCCAGACACAUUGCACCAGGACAUCCAGGAGGUGAGGGAUAUGGUCAUCACCAGGCCGGACAUUGGCUUUCUGCGCACAGAUGAUGCCUUCAUCUUACGCUUCUUGCGGGCCAGGAAGUUUCAUCACUUUGAAGCUUUCCGCCUUCUGGCCCAGUACUUUGAGUACCGACAGCAGAACCUGGACAUGUUCAAAAGCUUCAAGGCCACUGACCCUGGAAUCAAGCAGGCACUGAAAGAUGGCUUCCCUGGGGGCCUGGCCAAUCUGGACCACUAUGGCAGGAAGAUUCUAGUCCUUUUUGCAGCCAACUGGGAUCAGAGCAGGUACACACUGGUGGAUAUUUUGCGUGCCAUCUUACUUUCUUUAGAAGCUAUGAUUGAAGAUCCUGAGCUUCAAGUGAAUGGAUUUGUUUUGAUCAUAGACUGGAGUAACUUCACCUUCAAGCAAGCCUCCAAACUUACACCAAGCAUGCUGCGACUGGCUAUUGAAGGCCUUCAGGAUAGUUUCCCAGCACGAUUUGGAGGAAUUCAUUUUGUCAAUCAGCCAUGGUAUAUCCAUGCCCUGUAUACCGUGAUCCGGCCUUUCCUAAAGGAGAAGACUCGGAAAAGGAUAUUUUUGCAUGGUAACAACCUGAACAGUCUACACCAACUAAUUCAUCCUGAGAUCCUGCCUUCUGAGUUUGGAGGAAUGCUGCCCCCUUAUGAUAUGGGAACGUGGGCAAGAACACUGCUAGAUCACGAGUACGAUGAUGACAGUGAAUACAAUGUGGACUCCUACAGUAUGCCUGUAAAAGAGGUGGAAAAGGAACUCUCUCCCAAGUCCAUGAAGAGAUCCCAGUCGGUAGUGGAUCCUACAGUACUAAAACGCAUGGAUAAAAAUGAAGAAGAAAACAUGCAACCUUUGCUCUCUCUGGACUGAUAAAUUCUCUACACUCUCCAUGGAUUAGAAAUGGAAGGUACUUGUUUUCAGCAACAGGGACAGCACUGUGGAAGAAUGACCAGCUGGAAACUUAUUUAUUCAUGUUAAUGUAGCAUAAUAUAUAAUAAGGCAUUGGGCUUUCCCAUUUGCCUGAACCAUGGGUGCCCUGGUCUGGAGUUAAAGAAAAAAGUCAAUAAUUUAUUCUGUAAGUGCCAAGUUCUUUGUAAAUAUAAUGUAAUCUUCAUGUCACGUUUGUAAACUUUGGUAGUAACUUAAAUUGGAAAAGAUUGGCUCGAGACCAUACCAGUGAUAUGAAUUAUAACAAAAACCAGAAAAGACACAUACGCAAUGGAAGCUAAUUAAAUGUAGCCCUGUUUCCUAUGAAGCCAUAUUUCAGCUAUCAUAGUGAUUGUUUCAUUGUUUUUCUCUGAAAUUGUCAUAUUCCAAUGUACUUUUAAUGGACACAGGUAACUAGAUGAUUCUAGGAAAUUAGUAUGAUAAGUGUAUUUCCUGUCUAGUGAUUUUCAUUUCACACAAAAUGUGUCCUAGUGACUAUCACUGGCCUUGAAUUUUGUAGACAAGGAAUGGCAGAGGAGCUGGUAAACUAAACACUUGAACUCUUCUAUGUUGUUUAAUUCCUGGAGUCUUGUGAAAGGAUAUGUUCCCCAUAUUAAGAUGUCGAAUUCUGAAAGAGAGUGGAUUUUUUUUUUAACUGCUGUCUUCACAACGUGUCUUUUAUUUAAGACCCCAUUGUAUCGUUUCUCGGCCUUUUGGCUAAGAUCAAAUGUAGUAUUUAAGACCCCAUUGUAUCCCUGUCUAAUGUACUUUAAGAACAUUCCCCCCCCCCCAAAACUCUUUGACCAAGAGAAAGAGAACUCAUAUGUGAAUAGUGUUUUGACAGCUAAUUUUGGGCAUAAAAGUUGCCAUGUACGGAUAAGGGGCUAGUUUCUAAUUCUUGUGCACUGGUUGGAAACAUAAACAUAUAUAUUCACAUGCACAUAUAUAUUUUUAUUGAGCUCUAAUAAAUUCCUGAUGUGACAGGCUUAUAAAAUAAAUCAUACAUAUUCAAUGGUCUUAGAGAUGUUAUAAAUGAUUAUGUGAGAUACUAACUCUGGAAAACUACUUCUGCUAAAGUUAAUGAAAAUGAUGUUUAGUGAAAUAGACUUUCAGUGAACCUGUUUAAGGGAAUUCCAAUUUAAUUUGUAAUGCAAUCUUGAAUCUGUGCCAUUUUAGUGAAAAAAAAUUUUCCUUUAAAAAACAACAGGUCUCAACGUAACAUAGGUUUUAGGUGACCAAGAGUAAUACAAUUUUUCUCAAAAAUCCAAGUAAUUAUCUUAAUGACUCUGUAAGUACAGAUUUUCUUUUCAGAAAAGACUGAAGGAACAUAUUGCAUCCAUAAGACAUAAUGAAAGCUUCUGAGGGCAUCUGAGAUAGCAUAUUAUAAUUCAAAUCUAGAUGUGGAAUCCUUAUGUUAUUUAGUUUUUAUUUCAUAGAAAUUGUACAAUUAUAGCACAUUUUAAAAAUCUUACUUUAAAUUUCAAAUCCCAGUGUGAAAAAGCAAGAUUUUUACCACCUCUUCAGAGUGACAAUUUUUGAGAUCGAAAAUUUACCACUAAAAUAUUCUUUUGAAAGAAACAUAUCUCAAGGAGCUCUGGAAACCAACAGAAAUAAAGGCAUGUAGCAGCUUUUAUAUAUUUUUGGCCAAAAGCUUCAAAAAUUCCAGUGACAAUUCUAUAGCCAAAAGUCUUAAAAUCAAGAUCAGGACACCAAUCUGCAGUCUCACUGAUGGCCUAUCUAACAUUUGUAAAAAUAUAUAAUCUAUACAUAAAUAAUAUGAUUGAAAUACACCUUAGAAAUGCCAACCUCAAGGAAGUGCAGAAGAAUAACAACUGUCAGGUACUCUGCCCUGCCCAUAAAUAUGAUAGAGAUUAGCAUGACCUGGGGAUAAAAAGCCACAGCAACUCUUAUCUUUGUUAGAACCCUACCCAUGAGAUUCUUACGUUUUUGCCUACCUGAUGUACAUUUUAUAGUCUUGGACUUCAUAUACUACAGAAGCAAGUGUUAGGCAAUAGGAUGCAUUAGGAUAAAAGAGAAACAAAGUACAGAAGGAUUGUCAACUUUUCAGUCUCAUGUGUUUCUCUUGAAAUACACUAUUUAUUGGCAUUUUUUAGGAUUCUACCAGCUUCAGAUGUCAACCAGUAUAGCCAGCUUCUUUCCCCUCUCAUAAGGCUAGUGUCAUAUGUAAAAAUAACCAGAAAGGCAUAUUUUAUGUGUAUACAUACCUAUCUAAGUAUGAUUCCCACUCUCUCCCUUGCCCAACAUCUGGAAACUUCAUUUCCCAUUGCUGUGUGUCUGUUCUUCUUCAAAUGAGCAAUUCAGAGUUGGCUGCAUUGUGUAAAAUAUUUUUAAGUGAAUGAAAAAAUUACAACAAUGAUGCCUUUUGAAAUUGCUUUAUCUAGUUCAAUCUGUGAGUAGACUCGUUUCCAGGAAUGUUUUUGGAGCUGCUUGGUCAAGGGAUAUUUGGUCAACUCUAUAAAUUUUCCCUUCAGCACCAGCUAACUUGCACCAUUUCGGGAUGCUUUUCCCUGAUGCGAUAUUCUGUGUUAUAUCUAUUGUCACAUAACUUCAUAAAUAAGCACCCCCAUAUUCUUUCAAUUUAAUUGUGAUAGUCCUCUCUCUC